GGUACAUGGUGAAAUCAGAACUCGAAUUCAACCACAUCAUAAGCACAAACAUUACUGUCUGGUUAACGUGGGGUUGACUCUCGGAGUAGUUGUUCCACGCAUCCUCGGCGAGCGGCGCUAGUCCUGGAGGACCAGCGAUGGACACUGAGUUUUUGAGGAAGAUGGCCGCCCUUGUCACUCCGUUCACUCCUUGUUUCGGGGGCGGCGGGUUUCCACGAUCAAAGAUGGCGGCGGUGCACCUGGUUUCUGCGCUGCGGAGGCGCGCGAUCUGCCGUUGGGCCGCAGCGGGAGACCGGGCCCAGGCCCAGGAGUGCGGGCAGAAUGCCCGACACGUCCGCCAGACCUUCCUCCGCUACUUCCGAGACAAGCAGCGGCACCGGGAGGUCCGCUCGGCCCCGGUCAUCCCCAGGGGCGACCCCAGCCUCCUGCUGGUCAACGCGGGCAUGAACCAGUUUAAGCCCAUCCUCCUGGGCACAGUGGAUCCUCGAUCUCCCAUGGCUCAGUACCAGCGUGUUGUUAAUAGCCAGAAGUGUGUGCGUGCUGGCGGCAAACACAACGACCUGGAGGAUGUAGGCCGAGAUCUCUAUCACCACACCUUCUUCGAGAUGUUAGGCAACUGGUCUUUCGGAGACUACUUCAAGGAGGAAGCUUGCAGAAUGGCCUGGGAGUUGCUGACUGAGGUGUAUGGUAUCCCGCAGGACCGCCUCUACGUGACCUUUUUUGGGGGAGACCCAGCAUUGGGCUUGACAGCUGACGAGGAGACCAAAGAGAUUUGGCUGAGCAUUGGUGUUCAUCCUCACCGCUUACUUCCAUUUGGUCUCGCACAUAACUUCUGGGAGAUGGGAGAGAUGGGGCCCUGUGGACCAUGCACCGAGAUACACUAUGACCACGGAGUAGGGGAAGGAGCAGCAGCACAAGUCAACACAGGCAAUCCUCAACUAGUGGAAAUCUGGAACCUGGUCUUCAUGCAGUACAGCAGGGAGGCUGAUGGCAGUCUUCAGUCCCUACCACAGCAUAGUGUUGACACCGGCAUGGGACUUGAGCGAUUAGUUGCGGUUCUGCAAGGGAAAGAAUCCAAUUACGACACUGACCUCUUCACUCCCAUUCUAGAUGCCAUUCACAGGGGAACGAAAGCUCCUCCAUACCGAGGUUUGGUGGGUGACAUGGAUCCUGACAUGGUGGACAGGGCUUAUCGUGUGCUGGCUGAUCAUAUCCGUGCUCUCACUGUCUGCAUUGCUGACGGCCUCUAUCCAGGAAUGACUGGAGCUGCGCUGGUUUUACGUCGAAUUCUCCGCCGAGCUGUGAGGUUUUCUGCAGAGGUUUUGCGGGCCCCUUCUGGCUUUCUGGCAGGUUUGGUGCCAACUGUCGUAGAGAUUCUGGGAGAUGCCUACCCAGAGUUAAAGCAAGACCCAUGCCAGAUCAUGGACACAAUUAAUGAGAAUGAAGCUGCCUUUCUCUCCUCUUUGCACCGUGGACGACGUAUCAUUGAUAGAACUUUACAGAAAAUGGACAAUUCACAGAGUUUCCCAGUGGAUGUGGCCUGGUCUCUACACAGGAACUUGGGCUUCCCCCUCGAUCUGAUUAGCCUAAUGCUGGAAGAAAAGGCAGUGAACGUGGACACUGAAGCCUUGCGGCAGCUGGCAAAGGAAGAGGCAGAGCGUCUGAGACCACCCCCCCAGUCAGAAUUGCAACAGGGCAGAGUGCUGGGUAUACAAGACAUAAAUGAACUCCAGAGGACUGGAGUGCUCAGAACGGAUGAUUCAGCAAAACACAUCUACACGCUUGAGGAUGGCAAAUAUGUGUUUAGUCCCUGCCAGGCCACUGUAGUAGCAUUGUAUGAGGGCAACUCAUUGGUGAAGGAGGUGAGGCGAAGUCAGACGUGUGGUGUCAUCCUGGACCGAACCAAUUUCUACAGCGAGCAGGGUGGGCAGACCCAUGACCUGGGUUAUUUUAUACGAGAGGGUCACCAGGAUGUUCUGCUACCAGUGGUGAAUGUACAAGCAGCUGGCGGCUUUGUGAUUCACACGAUCAGUGUACCAGAAUCAUUACACGUUGGAGACAGACUCAACUUGUUUGUGAAUGAGGGUCACCGUCUAGCCUGCAUGGUGAAACACACGGCUACUCAUCUGCUGAACUAUGCCUUGCGCUGUGUGCUGGGAGAUGAGACUGAGCAGAGAGGAUCACACAUCACAGCUGAUCGACUGCGCUUUGACUACAGUAUCAAGACUCCAGUCACUGGGCAGCAGCUAGAGACAGUGGAGCAGAUUGUGCGAGAUGUGAUCUGUCGUGAUGAGAGUGUAUACACAGCAGAGGUCCCGUUAAAUCAAGUCAACUGCAUCAAAGGACUUCGGAGUAUCGAUGAGGUUUAUCCGGAUCCUGUGCGUGUGGUGUCAGUUGGGCUGCCUGUCAAUCAGUUACUGCAUUCAAAUAACAAACAGCACACUUCUGUGGAACUCUGCUGUGGGACGCAUUUGCUGCGGACAGGUAUGAUCCAGGACCUUGUGAUUGUAUCAGAGCGGCAGCUGGGGAAGGGCAUCAGCAGAAUACUUGCUGUUACAGGAGAGGACGCCAAGGAGGCUCGACAUGUGGGUCGGGUUCUUGCUGAGGAAGUUGACUCUCUGACUGUGCGACUUAAUAACGGAAUGAAGUCAUUGGUGGAUUCACAAAGGCUAUCUAAAGAAAUCGGUCAGUUAACAGACGUUGUUGAUGGAGCUGUGAUACUGCAUCGAGAUCGCCGACAGCUGCAGGAGAGACUCCGAGCUCUUCACCGAACUGUGAACACUGCCAUUAGGAAACUGGAGAGCAGAGAGGCAGCUGAAAAAAUACAGCAUUUCCUGGCGAAUCGAUUGGACCAGGCAUUGAUUGUAGACGUGUUUCCUGUCCAGUCCAUCUCGAUUCUAAUGAAAAUGGUGAAUAAAGUCUCUGAAAAGAUGCCUCAUUCGUCUGUGAUGCUUCUAAGCCAGCUGGAUUCUGGGAAGAUCUUGUGUGCAUGUCAGGUCCCAAAGCAUCUCCUGUGCCCACUAAGAGGCAUCCUUGACCCUGGCACCAGGGAGGCAGUAACCAUCCUGGGAUCUCACGCUACCAUAGCAACACCUAUCUGUGCCCUUGACUAUAGAGUCUCCUUAUCACUGCUGCUCACCUAUGUUUAGACCCUCCCUGCUGUACAACAGUGUCAAUUGGGUUGCUUUCUCCUGAGAGGCCACCCCCGACCCUGCCAAAAGUAUCCAAAUUGGUACACAACAGCAGCAGAGUCAUGGGAACAUCACCAUCUUAAGUUUCUCUUCAAGAAAUUCACAUCCUUGACUUGGAAGUAUACCAUUGCUGCUUCAGUCAAAAUCCUGGAUCUCCCAACUUUUAUUGUGAGUGUACCAAAUGGGCUGCAAUGGUUCAAAAUAACAGAUUUCCCAUCUUCUUCAGCGCAAUUCAGGAUGGGCAAUAAAUGCUCUUCAAUAAAUCAAUUUUUAAAAUUCUCACCUAUCCCUUUCUUUCUUACCCCCACCUGCCAUGUGC